CAUUUUUAAAAUUUUAAAAGUUAAAAUAACAGCUUUAUAGCCGUUGAGCUUGAAAAGCCAGUCGCUCUCUCUCACCAGAAACAAAGGAUCAGAUCAAAACUUGUUCCAUAUCUAUAAUCGAGUAAUUCAAACCAAAAUUGUAGGGAAGAAGAAGAAACAAAAGAUAAAAUGAAGGGUAUGAAAGGGAAAUUAUUGAAGAAGUUGAAAUCAAUCAAGCCAAAAGAUCGAGUUCUUCUGGUAAAUGCAGCUGAUGGGUUUAUUGAAACAAUAUUUCCGAAAAACACAAAAGCUCAGACCCACACUCACUUCAUACCCAAAGAAGCAGAGCAGGAAAAGGUUGUGGUAGAUCAAGGACCUGAUGUUAUUGAUGUUGCAGAGCUUAUGAGAGAUCUUGAAGGUGAAGAGGAAGAAGAAGAGGAAAUGGAUAUUGAUGACAGCGGAGAUAAAGAAAAUGUUGGUCCAUCAUUCAAGCAGCAAAAAGACACAGUAGGUUUGAAAAAUCAUAAUAUGGAGUGUAAUUCUUUUAGACAACAACAGACACCACUGUCAGAGAUUGACAUCUUGUCUUACCGGCGACCGGAUUUGAAUUCCGGUACUCUAUUUGACCCCAAUCUUCUUGCGGCCUUUGAAGAAGCAGUGAAAGAGCAUGCAAGGAUAAGUGAAGCAGAGAGACGAGCAAGAAUUGAGAAAGAGAAUCUUGAAAGAAUAAAGGAAGAAGCAGAGAAUCUGGAAAAAUGCGAAGAGGAGCCGCCGUUAAAAGCCCGUAGAAUUGAAGAAAACCCUUUAUCAGGGUUCGAAGAAAAGUGCCCUCCAGGAGGUAAUGACUCGGUAAUUCUAUACACGACAACACUUAAAGGAAUAAGAAAAACUUUUGAGGAUUGUAACAGCGUUCGGUUUCUUUUAGAGAGUUUUCGGGUUAUAUUCUACGAGAGAGAUGUAUCAAUGCAUAUGGAGUUCAAAGAAGAGCUAUGGAACGUUAUGGAAGGUAAGGCAAUGCCUCCAAGGCUUUUCAUUAAAGGAAGAUACAUAGGUGGAGCAGAGGAGGUUAUAGGGUUACAUGAGCAAGGGAAGCUUAAAUUGCUGUUUGAAGGGGUUCCAAUAGAUCAAUCCGUGGGACCAUGUGAAGGAUGUGCUGGAUUUAGAUUUGUGCUUUGCUUCAAUUGCAAUGGCAGUCAUAGAGUUAUUGAAGAAGAUGAUGGCUUGUCCAGGAAAUGCCAGGAUUGUAAUGAGAAUGGUCUCAUAAUUUGUCCCCUUUGCUGUUGAGCUUUUCAUUUACUUGGAUGAUUUUUUUUGCGUUUUAAAUUGAUUUGGGGUGUCAAUGUUAUCCAUACAAAUUAAUCAUUCUUCUACUUGUUGUAUAUUUGUAAUUGUUUGUUGAAUGGAAUCAGCCUUUUUCCAUGUGAAA